AGAAACCACUAUGUAACCCAGUACGGACUGGACAUAGCAAACAAAAUACGCCGGUUGGAAGAUCUCAAGACUAAGCGCGCAAGAUAUACAACAUCUUUAGCAUUCUUGAAGAGAUGCCGUGACCACAAUCUCAUCCCAACGUGUCUCAAGAUAUCACCUAAGAAAGACAUACGAGGGAGCGCCAAGAUCCUCCAUCAGGCAAGCAAAAAGUUACUCGUCCUAAAAAUUCAUGAAACUCGUUCCGACCUACAAAAUUUAAACAAAACCGUUGAGAUCGUGACUAAUGAUUUGAAAACAGUUUUAUCAACUUUCGAUUUUAAUACAUGCUUCGAAAAACUAAACAAGCGCGAAAACACCAAAUAUCUCGAAAGCAAACAAAACUUAAUAAAUAAAUAUGAAAAAUUAAAUUCAAAAUCGAACGCGUCAAACAAAACAAUAAACGAAAACGGAACGCGCCCGCCAAACGUCAACCAAUCACGCGCAGUUAUAAAUCUGUCAAAACAAACGUUAGAUCCACCGACCGUGCAAGUACUACAAAAAGGUUUAAAUUUCGCUGUAACACCGCGUAGAAUACCGUACGAGGACAUUAUUUGCAAUGUUGAGACUUGCCUGUUCAACAAUAACGUGAGGAAGGAAGAUUUGGAGGCGAUACGCCAAGAUAUAUCAUCUGUUUUACGUCGAAGUGUAGUGCCCAAACCAAACCUCCCUAAAGCCGAACAUCUCGCUUUAAAGAACCUCAAAAACAGACAAGAUGUAACUAUACUCCGUGCAGAUAAGGGAAACGCUACGGUCCACGUCGCGAAAACACUCUCACCACUCAGAGGCAACACUACAGCGUUUGUGAAGGAUUCAUACCACUUUGUCAAUGAGAUUAAACAUCUACAUCUUCAUGACAAUGAAGUAAUGGUUAGUUUCGACGUACAGUCCUUGUUUACAUGCCUACCAGUUAAGGAUUGUAUUGAAAUUGUUUCCAAGAAGCUAGCAGAGAACAACCUACCUCAAGAAUAUGCAGAACUUCUCGAGCACUGCCUCACAUCUGGCUACCUACUGUGGAACAAUAAAUUCUAUGUACAAGUAGAUGGUGUAGCGAUGGGCUCGCCUGUAUCCCCUGUAGUCGCCGAUAUAUUCAUGGAAGACUUCGAGGAGACAGCCUUAAAAACAGCUCCUUUCACUCCCAGGUUUUACAAACGGUACGUAGAUGAUACUUUCACAGUUUUACCAUCUAGUCAAGUAAAUGCAUUUUUAAAACAUCUCAACUCCAUUAAUAACAAAAUUCAAUUCACUAUGGAGUUGGAGGAUAAUAAAUCUCUUGCCUUCUUAGACAUAUUAGUUAAAAGAAAUCCUGAUCAGACCAUAAGUCACACCGUGUAUCGAAAGAAGACCCAUACAGAUAGGUACUUAAACGGUGAAUCUCACCACCACCCUAAACAGUUAGCUACCGUGGGAAAAUCUUUGUUUCAGAGAGCACACGGACUCUGUGAUGACAGACACCUUGCCGCUGAGCUUCAACACGUCAAGCAAGUACUGCGAGACAACAAGCUCCAAGUUCCACGGCCCCGUCACAGAAACCGAGUGAAGCCAGCCACUGUUGAUCGUUUGCCUGCUGUACUACCAUACGUCAGAGGAGUCACUGACAAGAUUGGUUACAUCCUGAAGCGAGCUUCAAUUAAAACAUACUUCAAGCCGCCCAAGAAGAUUAGCCAGUCCUUACCAUCCGUCAAGUGUCACAUACCUCUACAAGAUGCAGGAGUAUACAAACUAGAUUGUGACUGCGGUCUUUCUUACAUCGGUCAAACCAAACGAAGCAUAGGGACCCGCGUUAAAGAACACAUAGCUGACGUGAAACACCGCCGCUCAACGAAGUCUGCAGUCGCAGAACAUGCUGAAGGUUCCAGCCAUUAUAUUAGAUUUGACCAACCACAGAUCCUCGCUAAAGAAUCCAAAUUCCUACCUAGGAUGUUUCGCGAGGCUAUUGAGAUUAAAAAACACCCUAAUUUCAAUAGAGAAGAUGGCUGGAAGAUAUCACCUACUUGGGAUCCAAUAAUAAAUAAACUCAAGGCCAAACCCAAGAGCAGCGCUGCAAGACAUCAAGACACAGUGAGCUCA